UGCUGGCUAAGAUAGUGCUGCUUUCUGGCGUUUACGAACGUGGGCGGGUCACAUGAUCCGACCCCGCACUCCGAUUGGUCAAUUUGACUCAAUACGGAAGUAGCUCCGGGAAAUAUCUCUCGUGAAUGUCACCUGUUUCUUCUGUCGUGUGUGUGAGUGUACAGGAGGAUGAGCGCGUCGUUAGCGGUGCAGAGGUUAGCGGCCCUGAGCGGGGCUCUGGCGGUCAGUGCUGGAGCUUAUGGGGCUCAUGGUUUCAGACGGAGUGACAGAGAUGACUACCAGAAAGAGCUCUACAGCACGGCCAAUACAUAUCAUUUCUACCACAGUUUGGCUCUUUUAGGAGCCUCUCGAUGCAGGAAGCCUGCUCUGGCUGGAGCAAUUCUCCUGACAGGCAUGGGCUGCUUCUGUGGUCCUCUCUACCACCAGGCUUUAACGGGUGAUCCCUCCUUAAGCAAGCUGGCACCCAUCGGGGGUGUGCUUUUCAUUGUGGGCUGGCUUGCCAUGGCCGUCUGAGCAUUGACCUUCCAUUUCUUUUCAACACAGCCUGCUGAUUGUUGACAAUUGCUUUCUGACAAGAAGUGUAAAAUUCAAUUGUUAAGAGCUGGAGAUAUGGAGGGGAAGGUGGAGUUGUUCAGUAACGUCUUGGAGAUCAUGAUAAAGCUUUCAGAUCACUUUUUACUUUUACAGAGAAAAACUUCCGUACAGAGAAAACAACUAGGCACCAGAAAGCGGUGUGAUAUUGAAGUAUGACAAAAUGAUUAGUAGUAGUUGGCCACUUUCAUAUUACAUAGUGGCCCAAAUCAUAAUUUAUUUAUUUUUUUUUGGUUUUGUUUUGGCCUGAGACGAAUACCUUUUUCAGAGCUGUAAAUCUAAUCUAGUUAAUCCAGUUUAGGCCACUUUCGUUUGCAUUCUUAGAGCCAGUACACAACCAGAAUUGAUAUUUUUGAAUUGCAUCAUAUUACAAUGUCACAUUGGCAGCAUUCCAGUGGGGCCUUGCUUAAAAGAAAUAGAUGACUGCUAAUAAUAAUGCCAAAAACAGAAUUCUAUGCUCUAAUCAUUAACAGAAAAUGAAGUACCAGUUAACCACUAACUCUUAUAAAUUCAGAAGAUUUGUGCUUAAUUGUUUCUUUUUCUGUAAUGGAUUAUCUUGCGAGGUUUUUUUGUCUUGUGUAUUCAUGAUACAUUUAGCUUAUGCAACAUUAUCUUGAUUUCAGAAAUGUUUAAUUUACAAAUGUAAACCACAUUGAUCGAUAAUGCCUGUAAUGUGAGGAUAUUGUUGCUUAUUAAAUUGCGAUUUACUCAUUGCA